CGUGGCUUUUCCCUGCAGCGCCUGUCUUCCUGUCUGCGUCUCUGCUGCGGCGGCCGGAGCUGGAGUCGGACCCCGAGCGCAGCGUCGCCAUGGACUCGGCCCUCAGCGACCCGCACAACGGCAGCGCCGAGGCGGGCGGCGCAGCCAACGGCACGGCGCGGCCGCCUUCCACGCCCGAGGGCAUCGCGCUGGCCUACGGCAGCCUCCUGCUCAUGGCGCUGCUGCCCAUCUUCUUCGGCGCCCUUCGCUCCGUGCGCUGCGCCCGCGGCAAGAACGCCUCGGACAUGCCUGAGACUAUCACCAGCCGGGACGCCGCCCGGUUCCCCAUCAUCGCCAGCUGCACGCUUUUGGGGCUCUAUCUCUUUUUCAAAAUAUUUUCCCAGGAGUACAUCAACCUCUUGCUGUCCAUGUAUUUCUUCGUGCUGGGGAUCCUGGCCCUGUCCCACACCAUCAGGUCAGAAGGAUCUCUGCAACAUUUGAAGCAGCUUUCUCAGGAACCAGUACAGGGUCUUGGAUGAGAACAUGACCUUUGGCGUCAUUCAGAGCCAGCCCCUUCAUGAAUAAGUUUUUUCCAGCCAACUUCCCGAAUCGACAGUACCAGCUGCUCUUCACACAGGGCUCUGGGGAGAACAAGG